CAGCAAAUACUGAGUUGGUGUCGUCGCUUCAUUAUUUAUUCAGCGAUAGGUAAAUGCGAAGGAGCACUUAGGAAAUCCCGCGUCACAUUGCUGAAUCGAGAUUUGAAGAUGGCGGAAAGAGUAGAUCCGUGUUCUCUCUCAAAUCCUGAGAGUUUUUUAUGCAAGCACAUAAGCUGGCAAAUAGAUGUAGACUUUCCAGGGAAAGUAUUGCGAUGCACAGCAAAUCUGAAGGUUGAAUGCGUCAAAACAGGCUCUGACACACUGAUUUUAGAUACAAAUGGCUUCAUUAUCCACAAUGUCUGCCUUGAAGAAACAGGAAAAGAUCUACUUUACAUAAUUGAAAAUGAAACUGAACCGUUUGGGAAGCCUCUGGAAAUCAAGAUUCCAGAAGAUUGCAGGAAAACACCUGGCCUCAUUUUUCAUGUAAAAAUCGUUUACGAAACAACGUCUGAAAGCUCUGCAAUAGACUGGCUGGAACCAGAGCAAACUUCUGGGAAGCAACAUCCAUUUCUUUUUACUCAAUGUCAGGCCAUCCAUGCAAGAAGUAUUAUACCAUGUCAAGACACACCAGCAGUAAAGUUUACUUAUGAUGCAGAGGUUACUGUACCAUCAGAACUCACAGCCUUGAUGAGUGCUAUCAAAGACUGCAAUGAAAUAAUAGAGAAUGAUUCUCGCAAGUGCAGGUUCCAUCAAAAGACUGCUAUACCAUCUUAUUUACUUGCACUGGUUGCAGGUUCAUUAGAAGGAAGAGACGUUGGCCCUAGAUCAAAGGUAUGGGCAGAAAAAGAUUUGAUAGAAAAAUGCGCAUAUGAAUUUGCAGAGCUUGAAAGCAUGGUAUGUGCUGCAGAGAGCAUCUGCGGCCCUUACGUGUGGGGAAGGUACGAUUUACUUGUCUUGCCACCGUCUUUUCCAUAUGGUGGAAUGGAGAAUCCGUGUCUCACAUUUGUCACUCCAACGUUGCUGGCAGGAGAUCGUUCUCUUACUGGGGUUGCUGCCCACGAAAUAGCGCACAGCUGGACUGGAAAUCUUGUCACAAAUAAAACAUGGGAACAUUUUUGGCUGAAUGAAGGAUUCACUCGAUUUGUCGAGUCAAAGAUAAUUGGGAAGUUGCGAGGAGAGAAGUCGAGAAACCUACAGGCGAUUGGUGGCUGGAAAGCAUUGAUAGACUCGAUUGACAAGUUUGGGGCAAAUAAUCCUCUUACGGCGCUUGUACCAGAUCUGGAAGGCAUUGAUCCCGAUGAGGCGUUUUCAUCUGUUCCUUACGAAAAAGGCUUUGCUUUUCUGUACUACUUAGAGCAUUUGUCAGGAGGACCUGACGUUUUUAAUGAGUUUCUCAGAAGCUACAUUGAUCAUUUCAAAUACCAGAGUAUCACAACAGACGAAUUCCAGUCAUAUUUAUUCAGCUUUUUCAAAAGCAAGGGUAAAGAUGAUCUUUUCUCGGGCGUGGAUUGGAAAUUAUGGUUCCAUAACCCCGGAAUGCCUCCAUUGGAUGUAUCAAAACUAUAUGAUACAACAGCCAUUGAUAGAUGCAAUGAAUUGGCAAACAGAUGGUUACAGACAAAAACAUUUGAAGAAUUCUCGUCAGAUGAUCUCCAAGAAUUCUGCUCAAACCAAAUAAUUGAGUUUUUAUCGAAACUUCUGCUUGAGGAAAACAUUAGCAAAGAAACCCUUAAAGCGAUGAAUUCAAAAUACAAUCUGACUUCAUUGGAAAACAACGAAAUUAAAUUCAGAUGGCUUAGGUUGUGCGUCAGGGCAGAACUUGAAGAGAUGUAUCCACAGGUAGUCAAAUUUAUCACACAGCAAGGGAGAAUGAAAUACAUAAGACCAAUUUAUAGUGAGAUGUACAAGAAAGAGACGUCCAGAGGCCUCGCUAUCGAGACCUUCCAAGACAACAUGUCUCGUUAUCAUACGAUUGCUGCCACUAUGGUUGCCAAGGACUUGCAUCUUAUUGAAAACAAAACAGCUUAAUGUAUAGAAUGGUAAACUCUUCUUGAGCCGCCGUUUCAUGUUUGUAUUGCAGAGAUUAACGGACACGACGGCCAGGAAAUAUGUUUCUUACACAGAUGCAGAACAUGCAGAGAAAUAAGUUUAUGUAAGACUUAGCUUUCUUUCUAAAUAAUUUGAUUUCAGUCAGUGUAUUAUAGAUGCUAGGCAAUACAUUGCAGCACCCCCUACCCAUGAGGUCACGUUAGACCUUGUUUUGCCCCUUUCGCCUGUAAUUUUGCAACGUUAAUAAUUUUGCCCCACCCCCCAUUACGUACCUUCAACGUUUCUUAAAUAUUCUAUUGAAUUACUAUGAUAGGCCAAUUAACUAAUUCUGAUAGAUGGACAUGGGUUUUCCUUAUAUUAAAUGUUUUUUUUCUUAUAUUAUAUUAGACGUACAUGGGUUCUUGUAUUCG